AUGCUCGAAACUGUGGAAGAACACAACAUUAUGAGAAAGUAUGCUCGAAACGGCAGAUGGUACGCGCUCAUAUAUGGCUCGUAUGUUUAUGUGUCUACCAUUUCAUUUACAACAACCUCGCUCGUGCCACGCAUUUUGGAUAUUGUAUUUCCAUUGAAUACUUCCCGUCCUGUAAUGUUAGCAUAUCCGGCAUACUAUUUCGUUGACGAAAAUCAAUAUUUCUACUAUAUUUUUCUCCAUAUGUUAUUUACCAGCAGCGUGUGUAUGACCGGAUUAAUCGCGCACGAUAGCAUGUUUUUUAUUUACACCGAACACAUCUGCGGCCUUUUCGCCGUCGUUGGGUAA